AUGGAAAUGUCCGAAUCGGUCUGUUCUGACGGUAUCACCAUAGUAACGACAGUGCCAGAAGUUGUCGAGGUGGUUGUCAAUGGAGGAAAGGUCAAAGGUGGCGUUGUUCGGGACAAGAAUGGUCAGGUUUGGAUUCUCAACACCAAUAGGACACGCAAUUAUGUCACUAGUCCAACAUCAGACUGCAGCCUAAUGGCAACAUUGAUUGCUGAGGUUUCGAUGUUUCCGAUUAACCGGUACAGAAAUGGUGCCAUAGUCACGAGUUCGAAUGAUGACUGCAUGCUCUCUUCUGGAGCACCGAAUUCAACAGUUAAUGUUCUCCGAAGAAGUACAAAUCUUGAGAUAUUCUGGGAUGUUUCGUCCAAUGCUAGUAUUGUGUUUGAUUACGAGAUCGGCCUGUCAACAACACAAUCUAGCCCUGCGCCGGAUUUAUACUCGUUCACCUCAACUAAGCGUCACACACACAGCAGAAUCAAACAUCCGGAACUUGUCGAAGGGUCAAUGUUUUACGUUCUGCUGAAAACGACCAGCAAGGCAAACGUCCAUGUCAUCCAAAGCAUUGGUCCAGUUAUUAUUGACACCACACCGCCUGACAUUGAUGGGCCUGUUCACGUGGUAUAUAUCUCUGGAUAUCUCGUCACGUGGUGGGAUGAUGAUUCUGUGACUGACACGGAGGAACCGUAUGAUCUGAAGUAUCAGUAUGCUAUAGGUCACUCGCGCUUCGCUACUGAUAUACAGGGAUAUAAAAAUCUACAAGAAGGACCUACCUGUUAUCUUGAUCGCUAUCCACCUACCUGUACUUCUACAGACAUAUCAUCACUAUCGUGGGACCUGCAUGGCCAUCAUAGUUAUUACGUCACCAUUAAGGUCCAAAACACAGCCGGCUUGUUUUCUACGGUUCCAUCGGAACCCUAUGUGCAUGACGUCAUGUUACCAGUUCCUGGGAGCGUGUUCGAUAUUUCUGUUGAGGCAACGGAACCUCAUGAUAUGUGGAAGGACAUUUUUGAUAUUGACUUCCAAAACGACACAUCUAAACUUCGUGUAAAAUGGAAAGGUUUUACACAUCCUCACCUGAACGUUACAUACACGGUAUCCGCCGGUACUACCGAGAUGUCCUCGGAUGUGUUUGGACCUGUGUAUGUCGGAUACGAGACCAUGUAUCUUAUUGAAGGAUUACAGUUGAAAGAAUUGGAGACCUACUAUAUGACUGUCGAGGCCAACUCAUCCACUGGGACGGUUUCUGUGACGUCAGACGGAGUGACUGUCGUCUCUGCACAGUUAGAACCAGGCAUUCGAAUAAUGGACGGUCUCAGCUGUUCGGAUGAAGGUGAACACCAGCGAACACUGAACGAUACUCAGGAGAACGGUCCCUGUGAUUUGGAAUACCAAUCAUCUAUCGUAAACAUCGACGCCCACUGGACCAUUCCAGAUAAUUUAACUUCCUUCAUUACGCGAGCGAUGUGGGCUGUUGAGGAACGUUCCCCGUUUUUUGAUAUAUGGUAUAGAUUUAUGGACUUUAUCCCUACCGACACAUUGCUAAGUGCAAAAACUUCUUCAUUGCUACUUGAGCCCGGGCUGAGGUACCGAUCUGUGGUUCAAUUCUGUGCAGGAGACAUUUGCUUUCAGCCCCGGUACAGUAAUGGUGUCACCAUCAUACCCAGUCCGCCUGUCACAAGCCCCGUUUCUCUUUUCGUCACAGGCAACAAUACGGUUGCAAUAUUUGAACGUUUCUACGAUCCCGAUAUUGAAGAUGACUCCCAGGCACGUGAGGUAAUGUAUAUGUACCGCUGGGCGUUAGCUGAUGGGUCACGUGACAACGCGUUACUAUCUUCUUGGAACGAUACAUACGAGCAGAACUCAACGCACGUUUUGAUCACAUUGUCACCUACCGAGGACUUCAUUGUCACAACAUGCAUCCGGGUUAUUGUCCAGGGUUACAACAAAGUAAACAUCAGUGGAACGGUCACUGCUGACGUCACCGACUGUACAACUCCACGAUUUGAAUACAUCAAAUCGGCUACUGUAUUAGAUGCCAUCGGGUUACCUUUUUAUGACGAAGAUCUACAAACCGGAAUGAAAAUGCCGUGUAUGAUCUUACUUAUGUUUUUGACAAGUCACGUGAUAUUUGCGUCCGUGACGGCGACAGGUACCAUGGAUGAUCUCAUGAGGUUGGACGGAAAAUUGUUCCAGAACUACAGCAAAGAUCUACGCCCAGUGUAUAACUUAAGUGACACGACUCCCAAGCGCCCCAUCUCGCCUCUCAACACUGGCAGAUGA